AUGGAUCAUGAAUCCAUUUCUAAAUUACCCUUUUCACAUCAACCAGUAAGGUCUAUUAGUUUUCCCUCAAGAACACACCCUUCUUCUCAAAGAAUUGAAUCACUAUUCACACACCUUAAACCACAUUAUUAUUCUUCUCAAUCUGUUUCAAGCACUGGUUGCUUUGAUGCAGAAACAAUUCAGAAUGGUUUGGUUGUUCUUGCUGAUUUGUACAACUUCAUGGAGGAACUUCUUCAAUCUACACAAACUCAACAAGCUCUUUUGCAUCACCAAGAUGGAAAGCUUGUAGAAGAGUCAUUAAGUGGAUCAGUUACAUUGCUUGAUGCUUGUGGUUCUUCAAGGGAUUUGUUGUUAUCUCUAAGGGAACAAGUUCAGUUGCUUCAAUUGGCGAUUCGACGAACAAGAAGAGGAGAUUCAAGCAUUGUUGAAAGCAGUGUUUCUGCUUAUGAAUGCUUCAGAAAGAAGGCAAAAAAAGAAAUCACUAAGCAACUUGGUAUGCUGAAGAAAAUGGAAAGCAACAAAGAUAGUUCAAUUUCUUCUUUGUUGGGUCAAGAUCAGAAUCUAGUGUUCUUUGCUAGAGUUCUAAGAGAAUCAAGAACUAUAACCACAUCUAUAUUUUGUUCUCUUCUAUUGUUCAUGUCAAUGCCAACACUUGGAACAAAAGGGUCAUCUUUGAUCUCAAAGUUGAAGCCAAAAAGAUUGUUUUUUUCUUCUUCAAACAAGGAACAGAAUAAGAGCAAUGAUGGAGUGGUAGCAGAUCUCAACACUGCUCUUUGUUCUCUCCUUGGAAGAGAGAAAAAUGGUGGUGAUUCAAUUAAGAGUGAAGUUCAAGGAGCAUUGAGAGUGCUAGAGACACUAAAUACUGAUCUUGAUGGAUUAGAGGGUGGAUUAAAUUGUAUGUUUAGAUGUUUAGUAAGAAACAGAGUUUCAUUUCUUAAUAUGCUUACUCAUUAG